AUGGAGUGGUCGUCAUCGUCUCUCCAUGAUUUCAUUCUGGCCGGAUGUCAUGAUGGAAUGGUUGCCUUGUGGAAGUUUUCGGCAACUGGUUCAUCUAAAGAUACAAGGCCUUUGCUUUGCUUCAGUGCAGAUACAGUUCCUAUAAGAGCACUUGCUUGGGCACCAUUUGAAAGUGAUCCUGAGGGUGCAAAUGUUAUUGUCACUGCUGGGCAUAGAGGCCUAAAAUUUUGGGAUAUACGUGAUCCAUUUCGUCCCUUGUGGGACCUUAAUCCAGUCCAGAGAGUCAUAUAUAGUUUGGAUUGGCUUCCGGAUCCAAGAUGCGUCGUAGUGUCCUUUGAUGAUGGUACUUUAAGAAUCCUUAGCUUAGUGAAGGCUGCAUAUGAUACCCCCGUGACUGGAAAACCUUUUGUUGGAACACAGCAACAGGGAUUCCACAGUUAUUAUUGUUCAUCAUUGGCAAUAUGGAGUGUUCAAGUUUCACGGCUCACAGGAAUGGUUGCAUAUUGUAGUGCGGAUGGUAAUGUUCUACGUUUCCAGCUUACAACUAGAGCAGUGGAGAAAGAUCCUCUGCGAAAUCGUGCUCCACAUUUUCUCUGUGGAUCACUCACUGAGGAAGAAUCAGCUCUUACAGUGAUCACUCCAUUGCCUGACAUUCCAUUCCCCAUGAAGAAGUCACUGAAUGAGUGGGGUGAUACCCCGAGGACCAUACGUGGGUUUUUAUCCGUAUCCAAUCAAGAGAAAAGAGCAAAGGAGCAAAUGGCAAAAGGUCAAUCAUUAGCUGAACAACCUUUAGCUCUGUGUUAUGGGGAUGAUCCUGGAAUGGAAUCUGGAUCUGACAACACAUUGGUGGCUCAGAAGAGCAAACAAGCACCAAGAUCUAAAGCAAGCAGUAAGAAAAAACAGAAAGCUGAACAAGCACUGGUAUGCAGAGAUGAAGAGCCAGAGAAUAAUCAGGUUGAAGAGAAGGGGGAGGUUAGGGAUGAAAUUGAAGUUCUUCCUCCCAAAAUCGUUGCAAUGCACAGGGUUAGAUGGAAUAUGAACAAGGGCAGUGAGAGAUGGUUGUGCUAUGGAGGAGCAGGUGGUAUUGUACGCUGCCAGGAGAUCAAUGUGUCUGGAGCUUGA